GUUGGAAGUUUACGCUUGUUACGCAAUGUAGUUUCAAAGGUUGUGUACGUUUGUCAGACUCCACGUCUGAGGAACACAGUGUGACUGUGAAUUCAGACAGUUCACCAGUUUACAAUCUUCAAUCUGAGAGAAGAAUCUCCAAAGUCUGUCAUCAUGAGCUCCUGACGCCCAUCUGUUCAUUCAUCGCCAUGAGUGGUGCUGCGCUGGCUGUCGUGGUCGUGGUUGUCUUCCUCUUGGCUCUCUACCUCCUCCAGCGCUAUGGGGAUUUGCGGAAGCAGCAGCGGAUGGUCCUGCUCGGGACGCUGCUCUCCUGGUACCUCUGCUUCCUCAUCGUCUUCAUCCUGCCGCUCGAUGUCAGCACGACCAUCUACAAGCAGUGUGUUCUUGACAAUACACACCACUCUCCUCCUGUAACUCCAGCAAGAGGCGCCAAUCAGACUGAAGCCAGCUCGUCUCUUUAUCCAUCUAUAAGUGUACCAAAGGCAUGUGAGGAGCCCUGGAGUUAUAUCCCAGAUGGCGUCCUUCCUGUGUUUUGGAGAGUUGUAUACUGGACUUCCCAGUUUCUUACUUGGCUGCUGUUGCCUUUCAUGCAGUCUUAUGCACGGUCGGGAGCUUUCUCCAGAGUUGGAAAGAUUAAAACAGCUCUCAUUGAAAAUGCUAUCUACUAUGGCACCUACCUCCUUAUCUUCAUCUCUCUGCUCCUCUAUGUGGCUGCUCAUCCACAGUGGAAACUCACAUGGACGGAGCUCCAGACCAUCGGUAUUACAGCUGCCAACACCUGGGGCCUCUUCCUCCUGGUGCUGUUGCUAGGCUAUGGCCUGGUAGAGAUCCCUCGCUCUUAUUGGCUCUCAUCGUCCCAUGGUUACUUGCUGGCCAAGACCUACUUCAAGGUGGCCAAAAUGGCUACUGAGAAGGCAGCAGCUGAGGAGAACCUUGCCAAUGUUAUGGAGGAGGUGGCAGCUGUCCAUGAAGCUGUCAGAUACAACCACUCUCUCAGGAAGUGUGUGGACACCAUUCUGACGAAGUGUCCCACUGAGUACCAGGAGGAGAUGGGAAGAAAUGUGGAAAGCGCUGGGGAGGAACAGAACGUCCUUCCCACCAAAAGAGGACUAGUGAAGCUUCAUAAAAAAGUAAUCUCUGCAGUGCAGAGACACAGUCAGACUCAGGUUCAGUGGUCUAUCUUGUUAGACCAGGCUUUUCACCUGGAAGAUGUCGCUAAGAGCCAGAGCAGCCCGGUCCGACAUUUGGUGCACAGCUUUCCCUCAGCACACCAGCACGGCUGGAUCCGUAGGUUCAUCUACACUCCUGCUGUAGAGUGGUACUGGGAGUGUGUGCUCCGGCAGGGUUUCUACAGGCUGCUGGCAGUGCUCCUGUGCCUCCUCUCUGCAGCAGUAGUCUGGUCUGAGUGCACCUUCUUCAGUACACACCCCGUCCUUUCCCUCUUUGCUGUCUUCAUACAGAUGGCUGAAAAACAAUACAACUACAUUUGUAUUGAGAUGGCGUGUUUCAUCAGUAUCCUCUUCCUGUGUGUUUGCGUCUACUCCACAGUGUUCAGGAUACGUGUUUUCAACUACUAUAACCUGGUGCCACAUCAUCAGACUGAUGCUUACAGCCUGCAGUUCAGCGGCAUGUUGUUUUGUCGUCUCACUCCUCCUUUGUGCCUCAACUUUCUGGGCCUGAUCCACAUGGAUUCGGCUAUCUCACACCAGGACAGAAUACAGACAUCCUACACUUCUAUCAUGGGCUCGAUGCAUCUGCUAUCUUUUAUAUCUGAUGGGUUCUACAUCUAUUAUCCCAUGCUGAUUUUGUUGCUUUGCUUUGCCACUUUUUACAACCUGGGCUCUCGCUGUUUGAACCUUCUGGGCUUCCAUCAGUACAUUACUGAUGAUGACUUGACCUCUGAUCUCGUGGAUGAAGGCAGGGAACUCAUCAGAAGGGAAAGAAGAAAAAGACAGAAAGCUGAAGAUGGAGGAAAUCGAAGAUGGGCCUGGAGGGAGCGGUAUGGAGUCUCUGGGACCACAGGGCGGAGCAGAGCUGGUUACUCUGAGUUAAAGGAUAACCAGGACAGCCCUGUAACAGAGAUCAAGGAGAGUGUGAUCACAUUCACCAGAAGAGAUGGAGAGGAGCAGCACACACGCUUACUGCAAGACAACUCCAGUGAUGAAGGUUCACCAAACAGAAGAUCUACAGGAGGACGUUACCUGUCUCUGUCACCUCCAAGGAUGGGCAUCUUUGACGAUGUUUGAUAGACUGAGGACAUGGAGGGAAAGAAAAAAUUGUACAUGCUUGAAAUAACAAAAAUGUAUAUUUUCUUUAAGAAAGUCCAAAUGCAAAGAAUUAUAUCUCAGGAAAUAAAGAGAAAUGGAAUGUAUCUAAAUAUGUAAUAUCUGUACAUAUUAUCAGGUAACAGAUGAAAGCGAAAACUCUAAUUAAGGGUUUUUAUAUCUCAGCUGAUAUCUGUUACUGGUCUGUACAAAGCGAUAACUGUAAAGGGAUGUUUCUUUACCAAAGCCUUAACUUGUUUUUGUACAGCCAACCCCUUUUAUAUUAUCCUUUGAGCAGUUGUGUUUCAUGAACAGACUGAUGAAUGAGAUGAGUGGCCCAGCUGACCCUGAGUGAGAGGCAGGGUACACCCUGGACAAGUUGUCAGUCUGUCACAGGGCUGACAUGUAGAGACAAACAACCAUUCCUGCUCACAUUUACAUCUACAGGGAACUGCCAGGUAACCUAAGCCACAUGUCUGUGGGCUGUGGGAGGACCCAGAGGUAAGGGAGAGAAUAUGAAAACUCCAUGAAUGGCCCUGGUCAGUAGGUUCCUACCCAGAACCUUUUUGCUGUGAGGCAGCAGUGCUAAAGACUGCACCACUAAGCUGUCUGACACUCAUUAAAUAUAUGGAAAUGCAUUGUUGUCUGAAUGUUGAUAGAGUUUUGAAUGAAAUAGUCCACUGUGCCUGAAACAAAAUGAAAACAGUUCACACAUUCUCACAGGGAAGAUGUUAACAGUCUAAACAUGUUUCAUGUUGAAAAUUUUGUAUUUAUUGACUGCACAAAAAUAAAAAUAAAAAAUUCGAA